GCAGACAGUUUCCAUUCAGCAUUUUCUAAACAGCAAUAGAGAGGGACACAAUGGAACCUGCUUUCACACCAAUGAGCAGCAGAACCGGAGGCAGGCUGCCACAGCAAAUGCCAUACAGCAGGGAAAUUACAGAUUCAUAUACCUUCUGCAUGAUCCACUACUGCUACAGUGGAGCUUGGCUUAGUCCAGGGACUUAGUGCAUUCUCGGGUUCCUGAACACCUUUCUAAGGCACACAGUCUGUGAGCGACUGUAGUGGAUCGAGGCGGUAGUAGUGCGGCCGGACCAGGGAUACGAUGCUGCCCCGCUGUGCAGCCCCGGUGUGCCAUGUGCUUCUGUUGGUGCUGUGUUUGUCUGCGGCUGAGGACUUCGACUGGACAAAGAACGACCGCAGCAGCUCCUUCUAUUACGGCACUUUUCCAACUGGAUUUUCGUGGGGCGCCGGCAGUUCGGCCUAUCAAACAGAAGGAGCCUGGGACAAAGAUGGAAAAGGGCUGAGCAUCUGGGACGUGUUCUCCCAUAAGAAAGGGAGAGUACUACGCAAUGACACUGGAGACUCCUCUUGCGAAGGCUACUACAAAGUCAAGGAUGACGUGUCCUUGAUGAAUGAGUUGAAACUGAACCACUAUCGCUUUUCCAUCUCCUGGCCAAGAAUCAUUCCCACUGGGAUUAAAUCUGACCAUAUCAACGAAAAAGGAAUACAAUACUACAAUGAACUAAUUGACCAUCUGUUGGAGAACAAGAUCACUCCCAUUGUCACUCUGUAUCACUGGGACCUUCCACAGGUCUUACAGGAAAAAUAUGGUGGCUGGCAAAAUGUUAGCAUCGUCAAUCAUUUCAAUGAUUUUGCCAGCCUGUGCUUUGAGAAGUUUGGCAACCGGGUGAAGUACUGGAUCACUUUCAACAACCCAUGGUCUGUAGCUGUGGAGGGAUAUGAAACGGGUGAGCAUGCACCUGGCCUCAAGAUGCGUGGAACCGGUGCCUACCGGACGGCCCACAACAUUAUCAAGGCCCAUGCUAAGGUUUGGCACACCUAUGACACUCAAUGGCGGGGGAGACAAAAAGGUCUGGUGGGCAUCUCUCUCUCUGGGGAAUGGGGAGAGCCUGUGGACAUCAACAACCAGAAAGACAUUGAAGCCGCUGAGCGAUACGUGCAGUUCUACCUGGGCUGGUUUGCCACCCCUAUUUUCCACGGGGACUACCCCCAAGUGAUGAAAGACUAUAUCGGAAGGAAGAGCACCCAGCAAGGCCUGGGAUCAUCUCGUCUGCCCAGCUUCUCCUCCCAGGAGAAGAGCUACAUUAAGGGUACUUGUGACUUCUUGGGCAUCGGCCACUUCACCACCCGCUACAUCACCCAGAAGAACUACCCAGCGAGCCGCGGCGGGGCCAGCUUCUUCACCGACCGGGACCUGGCAGAGCUGGUGGACCCCCGAUGGCCAGACCCCGGCUCCGAGUGGCUCUACUCCGUGCCCUGGGGGUUCAGACGCCUUCUCAACUUUGUCAAGGCCCAGUACGGGAACCCGAUGCUUUACGUGACGGAAAAUGGAGUCUCUGAGAAGAUGCAGUGCACAGAGCUCUGUGAUGACUGGAGAAUAAAAUAUUACAGAGACUAUAUCAAUGAGAUGCUCAAAGCCAUUAAAGAUGGAGUCAAUGUGCGAGGCUACACCGCCUGGUCUCUGCUGGACAAGUUUGAGUGGGACGAGGGCUAUUCCGAGAGGUUUGGCCUGUAUUACGUGGACUUCAGGAGCAAGAACAAGCCCCGGUACCCCAAGGCUUCUGUUCAGUAUUACAAGCGUAUCAUCAGUUCCAAUGGCUUCCCCAAUCAAAGAGAGGUGGAGACCUGGAAGCGGAGGGCCACUGAGACCUGUUCUUCUAGCAACCAGCUCCUAGCAGCAGCUAGAAGAAAAGCCAAGGAAAAUGCAGAAAUGCCAAAGGUUUGGCCAGUGCAUGAUGAAGUUUAGAGAUUAAGGGAUCCCUUGACCAGCCACAUGGAGAUGGUGACGGAGAUCGUUGUUCCGACCGUCUGCACUCUCUGCAUCCUCCUCAGUGCCGUCUUCCUGAUGUUCUUGCUGCGGAGAAGGAACUAGAGAACAGCUCUUAAAGUGAUUUUCUAGUGAGUGCCUGGUUGUUGCAAAUAGACUUAUGGCAAAAUAAAAGAGGCCUAUAAAGUCAGGAAAUUCUCCUCGGUUGCGCUUUGCAUGAAAUUUUUCUAAAUUAUUUGAUUGGAAUGAUCCCAAUAAAAAAGUGAAAACAUUUGUA